CCGUCACUUCCGGCCGUGGACCUAUGUUGUAGUUAGCUCAUCUGUUAGCUCAUACCAAGAAAGCUACCCAAUUGGAUAUUUAUAAGUCGAAAAAAUGGGAAAGAAACAUAAGAAACACAAACCGGAGUGGAGAACAGUAGAUGACUACGAGGACAAGCCUCACGAAAAACCUCUGAAGCUCGUCCUCAAAGUGGGUGGCAGCGAGGUGACAGAACUCUCUGGGUCAGGACAUGACUCCAGCUAUUACGACGACAGGUCCGACCACGACCGAGAACGACAUAAGGAGAAGAAGAAGAAGAAGAAGAAGAAAUCUGACAAGGACAAAGACAAACAUGUCAAUGAUGAGGAGAGGAGACGACGCAAGGAGGAAAAGAGGAAGAAGAGGGAGCGUGAACAGAAUGAAUCUCAGGCAGCAGCCUCAGCAUCCUCUGCUCCUAAUGUUGGCGUGGCUGUUGAACCCUUCACUUUGCCAAAGAGUAUAAGCAUUUCAAUAGAGCCGGAAGAGAAAAAAAGGAAGAAGUUUGAUCUUGAGCCUGAGUUGGAAGACUUUCACCCCAAUAUCAGCAUCAAGAUGGAGAUGGAUCCAUUGGGGGACAGGCCGGUCCGGGCCUGCAGGACACAGCAAGAGAAUGAGUGUACUCCUCGUCAACAACUCCUGGAGCACUUCCAGCGCCAGCUCCAGAGAAAAGACCAGCACGGGUUCUUCGCCUUUCCAGUGACUGAUGCCAUUGCCCCAGGCUACUCGACAAUCAUCAAACAUCCCAUGGACUUCAGCACCAUGAAAGACAAGAUUUUUGCCAAUGAAUACACUACUAUGACAGAAUUCAAGGCUGACUUUAAGCUGAUGUGUGACAACGCCAUGGUGUACAAUAGACCAGAGACUGUCUAUUACAAAGCUGCCAAGAAGCUGCUCCACACAGGCUUCAAGAUGAUGAGCAAGGAGCGUCUGUUGGCGCUGAAGCGCAGCAUGUCUUUUAUGCAGGACAUGGACUACUCCCAACAAGCCGCCAUCCUGGGAGACGAAGACCUGGUGGAGGAAACCCCUCCCCUGGAGAUAAUCCCCCUCCCUGUGGAGUUCGCCAAGAAGUCUAAAAAGCAGCCAGUCAAAGACCUGAAAGAGGCUAUAAACUACCUGUUCGAGCCAGAAGGAAACGCCUGCAGUCUAACUGACAGCACAGCGGAGGAGCAUGUGCUGGCCUUGGUGGAGCACGCUGCAGAUGAGGCCCGGGACCGCAUCAACCGCUACAUGCCCAACUCUAAGAUGGGCUACUUGCGUAAAGAAGCAGAGAGCGCUAUCGUUUAUGCUGUCGUGAAUAAGCUUGACCCUGAUAAAGGAGAUGAGGAGACCCACCCGGUGGACUUAAAUUCCCUAUCGAAUAAACUGUUGCCUGGAUUAACGACCCUGGGAUUUAAAGACGACCGGAGACACAAAGUGACCUUCCUCAGUAGUGCCUACAACACACAGAGCCUGCAGAAGAACUCCAUCUACCCAGACCUGCUCCCAGAUGAGAUGGACAUGCUCUACUCAGCCUAUGGCGAUGACACCGGGGUACAGUGUGCUCUGAGUGUCCAGGAGUUUGUCAAAGGCUGUGGAAGUGUCACAAAGCGCUUGGUGGAUGGCCUCCUGGAUAAGAUGACUGCAGGGGAUCACACAAAAGCUGUCCAUCAAAUCAGACAGAAAAGAAACAUGAGCCCGAAAUCUGACGAGACCAAAGCAGAUAUUUGUGCUAUGCAGAUCACAGAUGGAGGUGGUCUGGGAGAGAGCAGCUCAGUGCUGGAAUUCAUGUCGCUGAAGGGCUACCCUGACAUGUCUCUAGAUAUUUCCAUGCUCAAUUCCUUAGGUAAAAGUGUGAAGAAGGAGGCGGGACAUGAGGAGGGCCAGCAGCACUUUGAGGAGGCAGACAAACUGCUGCAGGAGUUCCAGGAGGGCCAGGGGGAGCGGGUGGGCUCCAGGCCCUCCUCCAACCUGUCCUCACUGUCCAAUGCCUCCGAAAGGGACCAGCAGCACCUGGGGAGUCCGUCCCACCUGGGGGGCGCUUCGGAGAUGGUGCAUGACCCCUACGAGUUUCUGCAGUCACCAGAGCACGGGUCAACAGCCAACAGCUAAUUACACGCACACUGCUUUAGAACAGUGUUGUUGGCCAUAGGUGCAUCAAGGAAAACCCUAGAGCUGUUAUGACAGCUAAUAGUAAUUGUACAAACUGUAUUUCAUGUUUUUUUAAUGUUUUUUUUAUUGAUUGUAACUUCGGAAAAAUAAAUAAUUAUAUUCCUUGUGUGUAAAAACUGAA